CGGGAAACUUGCACCUUUUGAACCUUACACUUUACAGAGAAUAUUAAUCUCUUCGGAUUUCAAGGAGAUUGAUCCCGAACUUUACGGCUUGCGGCGAUCUACUAGGCAGAAGCCUCAAAAAGUCAACUAUAAGCAAACGUCAUCUUCGGAAGAUGAUUUGCAAACAGACUUCGACUCGGAGAUUGAGUCAAAAAAACGCAAGAAAAACGGAAGAAGAGUCCAAAUCUCUCGCAAAAAAACAGGCGUCGAAGCUGGUACGUCAUCUUCACUUUCUUUUCCCUUGGACUUGCAUCCUCAUCAAUCAUCAAAACACUUUUGUGAUUUUGAUGAUAGCUCUUGGUCUGAAGAGGAGGAAGAAUCUCAAAAUUCUACUGAUGAGAUUUCUGACACAUCAGGAGACAGCGACGACUCUGAUUUUGUAAAAAGCAAAAAGGCAAAGACCAAGCGACAAACUAAUAACCUAAAAUAUACACGAUCUAAUGGAAAUGACGAGGAUGCUUGGGGAGCAUCGUCAAGUGCUAUAGUAACAACAAGGCGAAGAAAUAAUACCUCAGCAAAUGCAUACGACGAUUCUGACUCCUCAAGAAACAGAUAUUCUCGACGGACAAGGACUGUGACAAACUACAGUGAAGACCUUAUUGACAAACAAUUAAGAGAAUACGAGGAGGAAGAUGAAGAGCAAUACGUGGCAAGUACUCCCAAUGUGGAAGAAGAAGCUCCCUCAUACCAGAUCGAUCUUAUUGCGGACUUCAGACGUAUGGAAGAAUCCGAUCCAAAUGAAACUGACGAUCCAAAGACCAACAUGCUAUAUAUGAUAAAAUGGACUGGAUUCAGUCAUCUUCACAACACAUGGGAGACUUACGAAGACCUAAAAGGUAUCAAAGGAUUUAAGAAGCUCGAGAAUUAUAUCAAGAAGGCGCAGGAGGGUCUAAUACAACAUCUUGAAG